GCGCCGGGGGGGAAGGGAGGGGCGGAGCGAGAUCACCCCUCCCGACCACGCCCCUUCACCUACGCGCAUGCGCUGCCGGCCCGGCGGCGCCUUAAAGGAGACGCGCGCCCGCGUGGGCGCACACGCGUGGGGGCUGGACCGUGCUCCUCGAAGAUGGAUUACGCCAAAUCCUUGAGCCUGCGCUUGGCUGCCCCCGUCUCCAAAUGUGUUUCAGCAAGCGCCUCCAUGACCCAGCAGCUCCUGUCGAGCCCGUCCCCGCCGCCCCGACCGUACCGUGUCUGCAACUGGGACCGCAGCCUGCGCAAGGGUGUCAUGGCCCAGAGCCUCGCCGAGCUGCUGCGCCAGGCUCAGAGCGCCCUGCUCGCCCCGGGUCCCGUCUCGCUGGUGUUGGAGGAGGACGGCACUGCGGUGGAGACGGAGGCGUUUUUCCGGACGCUGGAGGAAGGCGCGGUGCUGAUGGUCCUGAGCAAGGGGCAAACCUGGGCUGCUUCCAAGACCCCCGGCUACCAGCUGAGUCUGUCCCGCAAGCCCCCUCGGAGGAUUGAUGUCGCCUGCAUCACCUUUGACCUCUACAAAACCAACCCGCGGGACCUGGGCUGCCUCAAUGUCAAAGCCACGCUCUACGGCACCUACAGCAUGUCCUAUGACCUGCGCUGCUACGGGGCCAAGCGGCUGAUGAAGGAAGCCCUGCGCUGGACGCUUUUCACCAUGCAAGCCACGGGUCACAUCCUGCUCGGCACCUCCUGCUACAUGCAGCAGCUCCUGGAUGCCACGGAGGAGCCGAAAGAGGCGGAGGGCAGCCCAGCGCUGCAGAGCCUCCUGCCCUGCAGCCUCCCGCCCUCACCCCGCAGGAAAACGCUGCAGUGAGGGUUGGGUGCCCUGUCACUCCUCCUCUGCCACCCCCCCUCCUUCAAUCCUUGGGGGUCUCAGCACCCUGCUAGGUCAAUGCUUGGAGCGGGGGGGGAGGCUGCUAUGGUACCUGGCACAGCCCCUCCUUGCACUGUGCUGGCUGAGCGUGGCCGGCUCUUUUCUGUAAUAUCUACUCCUCUGUAAAUAUAUUUAUUUAAGUAAAGCUCUGCUGACUUCA